AUGGAACGCAGACUUAAUGUCCUAAAAGCCAUUGAGUUUGCAGCUGAGAGCUGGAACAGUAUUGGCGGGGAUAUUAUUCGAAGUUGCUGGGACGAGAGUGGGGUCAUCGAAGCGCCACAGCUUAGUGUAACCGUUUGCGUGGAUGAUUAUGUCGAAAUCGAGGACCGCAGGCAGAUUUACGAAGAACAAGAAGCUCUGAUUGAAACAGAAGUGGAGCCCGCGGAAGUCGAAAGCGACAAAGAUCAAGCGCCUGUCAGUGCAAAAUAA